AUGUCGCCUUCAACGAUCUACCCCUCGACUUUACCCGCCCCCUCCUCUCGUCCGCUCAACCUCUUCCACGUCCGACCCGCUCUCCCGUCCGACCUGCUCUCUCGUCCGGCCCUCUCGACCCCAUCGCUCGCUGUACUGCCCUCCCCGCUCUCCUCGCACGAUCUCAUGCCCACUGGCCCACCGGCCGGCUCGCCUGCAUCCUCGACACCACCCACCAUUCUAGCAUAUCCUCCACCUCCUCCACCUUCGUCAACGCUUCUGCCUCCGACGCCUCGUCCGCCGUCACCACCAUCACCACCCACAUCACCACCACCACCACCACCACCACCACCUCCUCCUCCUCCUCCUCCUCACGCCGCUCCUCCGAGUCCUUGCGCACCAUGCCCAGCGCCAACCGCCGUGACCGCAACCGCACCCCGCAGGACCGCUCCAAGUCCAUGUCCGCGGUGA